CCAUUGUUGUUGCUUUUACUAAAAGUGUUUUCAUUUUUUUGCUGCACGUGGGGGUCUAUCAAUUUCUAUAAGAAUUUGUUGCAUUCAAUUAGAACUCCGUGCGAAAUUAAAUACCAACUUAACAGCAGCAACAAUGGGAAAAACGAGAAAAAGUAAAACAAGAUAUGCUGCUAAGACGAAUCCUUUGGCUGGACUAGAAAGCAGUGAAGUCGAUGAUUUUCUAAAUGCCUGCGAAGAAAUGGAAAAUUCAGGCGUUGGUCCUAUCGAAGCAAUCAGAGACCAACUGAUGAAUGCCAACAUUGAGGAGAAACUAAAUGGUCUGCAGUCCCUGGCAGUGCUAACAGCCAGCAAAGAUAAAGUUCAGUCGAUAUGCCAAAGUGAUCUGGUGAGAAUUGCUGCUCCAUUAUUAUGUGAAAAAGAUGCCUCUGUACGUAAUGCUGCCGCCGGAGCUUUAAGAAAUCUUUCAGUUAAUGGCAUAGAAGUUUGUGACUUUCUAGUAGAUCAAGACAUUCUGACACCUUUGCUUGCCUUAUUGCAAGAAUAUGCCUUGGACAGCGAAUGGAAACCAACAUUUGAUGCUACCAUGUGUGAUCAAAUGGAUUUGCGUUCCGAUGUCUUUUUACAGGCCAUUAAUCUCUUGUGGAAUUUAUGUGAGAGUACCUCGGUGGCUGUAGAGACAUUUAAUCAGACACAAUUAAUGGAAGCUUUCAUUAGAUGUUUGGAUUACAAUGUUUACGGUUUGGAUAUAUCGAUUUCAGUGGCUCAAUGUCUGUUAGUGGUGUCCGAGAAUAAUCCUAAAUCCUGGUUAGUGCUCAAUCAACAUGUACCAAAUUUUCUUUGUCUCUUAUCGGUAACUGGAGACUAUGGUCAUGCCUAUUUGCGUACUUUGUCUGCGGGUAUAUUGAGUAAUGCUCCUGCUUUGGCAGCCUCAUAUGCCGGAACUAUUUUACAAUCAUUAACAGAAGUAUUGGAUACAAAUCAUCAAACAGCUUUGAGUGGCAUAAGUAAUUUACCCAACAAAGAGAAUAAGGAUCAAGCGCCAGAAUUGGAAAUUAAAAUGGAUACUCAAGAUGAUGAAACUGAAGAAGCUGCUGCCAAUCGUAGAAGACGUCAAGAAUUACCAACAGCUGAUGAUAUUGCUGUACGUGAUGUUGGCUACUUAUUGGAUGCACAACGUAUUGCUGCUGAAGUUAUAACAAAUCUAUGUUCCUCAGAGGAAGAAGAAUGGGAUGAUGUCGAAGAUGAGGAAAUUUCUGAAAGUGAAAGUGUUGUUGAUUAUGAAACAAACCAAAGUAAUGGCAGCACCACAAAUCUAAAUGAAGGUGAUAAACUGCCACUGGAAAUAGUGGAAGCUAUUAAAUCAUUAGGUCUCGUUGACAAGUUAUGGCAACGUGCUCAACCACUUGAAAAUAGUUUAAUGCAACUAUUGCGUGAAUCCAAUAUUGGCUUAAUGAUGAAAGCUAAAAAUUUACGCAUAUCUUCAUUACUGUGUUUGCAAAAUUUGUGCAAUUGUUUAAAUUCCGAAGAUUUAGGUGGUCACAAUGCCAUCUACAGUGUUUGGGUAGAUUUAGGUCAACAAGUAUUUAAGGGUCCCAAAGAUACUUCAAUACUGGAACCCUCAACCUCAUUAAUGCGUGCCGCUCUAGAACAUUUGAAAACCAAAAAAGAACUAUUUAAUCAAAUGACUCAAAAUGAUUUAGAGCUUAUGCUGGAUGGUGUUAGGAAUUGUUCUAUGCCCGAAAUUCGUGCAAAUUGGUUGCGCAUGUUGGGCUCUUUAGGCUGUUUGUUGCCAGAACCUUUAGUUAAAGUUAUUGUCUCAUUUAUUGUGGAAACUUGUGCUCAGGAAGAGGAUGUUUGGACCAUUUCCGAAGCUUUAGAUGCCUUAAUGGAUAUGUUUUCUGACAAUGAUUGGCAUCAAAUUCUUGUCGAUCUAAAUUUGCCUGUCGUUAUUAAAAAUUUGGAAAAAUACUUUAAAACAAAAGUGCGAUCUCAGCGCAAAGAGUUAAAGGAACGUUAUCCAGCCGUACAGACUGUACUCACAAAUCUAUCACGCUUUUCCAAAUAUAUAGAAAAGGAAGCCAAUAAAUUUGCAACGGCUACAAGAAGUGCUUGAUGAAAUUAUUAUAUUGUAUGUUUUUAGUUAAGAAAUGAAAUAUGUAACUAUUCAUCUAUAAGUUGAACUUUUUUUCUAUUAGAAUAUUUUAUAUUUUGCAAUGUGGACUAUGAACGAUUUUUAUAAACGAAAAACAAAAAUAAAACAUGUUUUUAUAAAUAAAGAGCAUUUAUUUAAAAUA